AGUACAUUCUGGGUGAAGAGCAUGGGGACAGCGGGUAUCGGAAGUAUGAAACGAAAAUCACACACCAAAUCUCGAACUGGCUGCCGGACAUGCAAGUACGGAACCCUAUACCAUCUCUUCUCUUAUUGGCCCAGUGCCUUGCAACCUAAUCUUUCCUAUUGUUCACAUACAGGGUACGUCGGGUACGAUGUGACGAGACGUGGCCUUCAUGUAGGAAUUGUUCUACGACUGGAAGGCGCUGUGACGGGCCAUCCUCACCAUCGGCCAAACCGGAGCGGGUGUCGUUCAUCCAAGUUUCCAUGUCGACACUACAUCCGGUGCGCUUACUUUACGAGAACGAACAAGAGGCUCACUACGCCCAACUUUUCCUUGAUCACGUCUUAUGUGUUAUGUCCGGCUACUCCACUCGUCCAGCCUGGCGUUCUCUGAUGGUUCAAGCCGUCCAUGAAGAGGUUGCCGUCCGCCACGUUGCCAUUGCGGUGAGCGCCGUGCUCUAUGAAAAAUCCGCUACCCCUGUAUCUGCAAUUAGCUCUCCUCUUUGGAAACAUGGAGAUGAAAACCGCCGCUUUUCUCUAACAAGAUAUGGAAAGGGUCUGUCUGCGUUAAGAAAGAUGAUGUGUUGUAAGGACCGUCGAUCCGUAGAGGUGACCCUGAUAUGUGGUGCUCUCUGUAUCUGGUUCGAGCUUAUAGCCGGAGAACCCCUAAUGGCCUUGAACCAUUUAGAUCAAUGCUUAAAGAUUAUCUCGGGAUCUGGUGACAAGCUUGACCCUAGUAUCUCGUACACCUUCUCAAAGCUUGACCUUCAAGCAGCAACGUACAUUGGGAGACGGCCUCCUGCAAUUGUUGCCACGGACAUGAAGCCAAUUCAAUACAUCUUCGACUUUUUCGACGAGGCAGAACAAUGCCUGCUUGAGGAAUACAACCGGAUAUACAGCUUCAAGCGUACCGUUGCGGCUCGGUACCGUUAUCUAGGGCCUGACUGGAUCCCCAUGGAGUUGCUCGCUUACGUACAGCUGUUACGGGAUCGCCUCGAGCACUGGGAAUCAACGUAUAAAUUUUCUUAUGCCUGCCAGAAGGCCGAAGGCACUCCUCAAUUGGCACAACGGGUCACCCUGCUCUUUAUCAAUUAUCAUACCGCCCUGAUAACAGUGUCGACGUGCCUCUAUCCGGAAGAAACUAUCUACGACCGAUUCCUCUCAUCUUUUCAACAGAUUCUUUCGCUGGCAAAGGUUUUAAUCGAGGGGUACUUUGCACAGCGCCACCAGAAUUGGCCGGGGUUUUCCUUAGAUAUGGGCGUUAUUCAGCCUUUGUACAUGACCGCGACCAAAUGCCGCAAUUCUGACGUCCGUCAGCAUGCUAUCGACCUGUUAUCUUCGGCGCCAGUCAUAGAAGGUGUUUGGGACGGCAGGACCACUGCCCUCGUUUCAAGAAGGGCAAAGGAACUCGAGGAAGAAGGGCUAGAACGUGCCACAGAUGGCAUACCUGAAUAUCGCCGAAUCCAUUCUAUUGGGCUUGAUGUCAAUGCUGAGCUGCACCAGAUAGAAAUCGCCUUUCGCAGACGGUUAAACGGAUUUGAUGGCGAAUGGAAUGAUACGAUUGAGAUACAUAGCCUACCUUAGCUGUGCCAAGUUGGUCUCCUUCUUAUAAUAGUAUAUAGAUCUCAGAAUCCCGAGGAAUGGUUGGAAUGUACGUCGAAAUUUUGUUGGCGCCCAGGGCUGAAGAAUCUGGCUAUGAAUUAUGUUACCUUGUG